AUGUCCCCAACUCCUCUCACUCUUCUCUGCGCCCUUCUUCUCACUCAUCCCCUUGCCAUCGUUUUCACCAUUAACACCGACCUCACCACCACCGUUUCCCCACCACCCCAAUUGCAAAAGCCCAACAACAGAUUCAUGGAAGAAGAGAUGGAUGAUAACUCGCUUUUCCACCUGGCCUCUCGUGUCAACCCAAACCCAUCACCCGCCGGAGCACCAAAGAAGCUUGCAUUCAUGUUCCUCACUACCGACCGGCUGCCAUUAGCGCCACUCUGGGAGCUCUACUUCAACCGCACCAAAACAAAACACUUAUACAAUAUAUACAUACACGCCGAUCCUAAUCUCCGAUAUGACCUACUCUUUCAAGGAGUUUUCAGCAACCGCACCAUUCCCUCAAAACCCACCCGCCGCAACACUCCAACACUCGCCGCCGCUCAUCGACGGCUACUCGCCCGAGCUCUACUUCACGACCCGGCGAAUUACAUGCUUGCCCUGCUCUCUCCCUCUUGCAUACCUCUCCACUCAUUCGAUUUCACCUAUAAAACACUGAUGAGCUCCAAGAAGAGUUUCAUAGAGAUCCUGGAAAACGAGGUUGGCGCGUGGGGAAGAUGGGCAGCGCGUGGGGAAACAGUGAUGCUUCCGGAGGUGUCAUAUGAAAGAUUCAGAAUCGGGUCACAGUUUUCUGUAUUGACACGUCAUCACGCCAGGGUGGUUGUUGGUGACACGCGUCUAUGGUCCAAAUUUAAGCUGCCGUGUCUGCAGGAGAACAUAGGCAGGUGUUACCCUGAGGAGAACUACUUCCCUACGCUCUUGUCCAUGGUGGAUAGGAGAGGAUGCGUGCCAGCUACGCUGACCUACGUUGACUGGAAGCGAGGCCAACAUGGUCACCCGUAUACGUUUCAGGCUUCGGAUGUGGGUCCGGAGUUUAUCAGAACACUCCGGCGACGACGGCCGAGAUACGGUGACGAGGAGAUGAACGGUUCUGAUGCGUCUGUGAUACGACGAAAUGAUCCGUUUCUGUUUGCGAGAAAAUUUGGGGCGGAUACGGUGGGCGCGUUGUUGGACAUUGCCGACGACGUCGUAUUUAGGGAGUAG